CGGCUAUUACGUGCCAUACGGGAUUCAAUCCAGCAUUCAUUCGGUGAUGUAGGUUCAGGUGCUUUGGGCGGAGCAAUCGCAGUACGAUAUUAUUCGCCCACAACUCAUAAUGCGAUCGUACGUUGUUCACGUUUAGGUAUGAAUGAAGUUUGGGCAGCAAUCACACUUUGUGAUUCAAUUCAAGGCAAACGGGUACGUAUGGUCGUCAAACAUUGCGGUGGAACGAUUCGUAAAGUUCAACAAGCAACGAUACGUGCAGAUCGAAAACAAAUC